UUUUCACCUCUCUCCACCUUCUCUGUCAGAGCUCCAGAGUUAUCACGAACUUUCUCUCCUUUGACUUGUCGGCGACACACUAGGCACCUACUGCUGUCCGACGGCCCCAUUGUCGAUAUCGAUCUCUAUGGUGGGACCAGUGCUACCUCGCAGGACAGACCGCCUGACAACUGCUCCUUACCUCGACCGCACUACCGCACUGCCCCUGGCACGGACCAAACUGGACUAAGCCGGACGGACUCUGGUGGUAGUACUGUACCUACCUACCUAUCUGACCUGCCUAACCCCGACCUGAACAAGUGGAAAGCGCCCAGGUCCCAAUUGACCUUUGAGGUGACGACGGCCGGGACCGCCGUGGACGUCGCUUGCAUCGCUGCAUUCAUCCACUUCCAUCUCGACGCAAGGACUCCCCCUAUUCCGCCGCCACUAGGGGCUCCAGGCCGCGACAGUCUUCGAACCCGAAACACUGGAUACAGCCGUUUUUCCAUUCUUCACGCCGCUCGCUGACAUACCCGAUCAAUUGAUCGAGCUCUGACGGCCCUCCCCUCAUUCUGGCUUGCACCCCAUGGACAAGCAGGGCCCUGGUGUCAGCCUUGUUUCCCCAAGCAGUGGGUGAUUUUGCUGCAGCCUCUUUAGCGAGACAUACAUUCCUUGACUUGACAUCGACAACGACGACCACCGAGGAUUCCCACAGAUAGACGACGACCCCGACGACCAUCAUUUCCAACAACUGAACCACACGCCGAGCACGAGACGCAGACACACACGCUCACAGCACACACAGCCACUGGCAUUGACUGAUACCAGUCUUCCGAAAUUGACAUCGACACCGCCAUCGACCGCGGCCGCGACCGACCUCUCCGGGACGGACGGCCUCGUAUCGCAUUGGGCGGUGAACAGUUGACGACCAUCCGCUGAACAAUCGACCAUCUAACCUCUCAUUCCAUCCCUUCAACCCACCAUGGCCAGCGAGCUUUCUCCCCGUGCUGUGCGCUUCUCGCAGACGGACGAUGAGCCGAUUGCCCGGCUCGACAAGCACAAGACCGUGUCCCGACCGAACCCCCGUGCCAACGACUCGGAUAAUUCCAAUCCCUCAACGGACGCCCACGAUGAUCUCCACGUCCGAGAGCAGAUUGACGAGCUGGGUUCUCUAAGUCGAUAUGUCGAGAGUCAUUCUGGCUCGGUGCCUUCUCUGGUGCCCGGGUCCCUGACCAGCUCCCUGCCCCUGGCCAAUGGAUCGAGCAGUCGCCGCGGUGCUAGCUCAGAGACGUAUGCCAAUGGGACUCCGUCACGACCACAGCGCCCAACCGCCCCUGCCAGGACGCCUUCCAACACUUAUCAGCCCUACAACCAGCGCAGGCCCCCACAAGGUCAGCCUUCGUCCUAUAUGGCGAAUAAUCCCCACGCCCGUGAUGGCUCCAGACCACGCCCCUUGGCCGGCACUUCAACCUUCAGAGCCCAGGAGAGAGAAUAUGUGCGCAGAUUACGACAACAGGACUACAACAACGACUACUUUGACGCUUACGGCUCCGGCGAGCAGUACGAUUCCGAUUCCGAAGGCGAGACGCCAUCUUCCGAGGGCGCGUUCGACAGCUACGAUGAUGCGCAUAUCAUGUUCGCCAGUAACGAGGAUAUCCAGAUUACCGAGGAAGACCUGAGAGAUCCCGAGAGCCGCGAGAGACUAGAAUGGCACGGCAUGCUGGAGGCUGUGCUCACCGGUGAUGUUGUGCGGCAAGAGAAGAAACGUCUCAUUGGCUCCAAUGAUGAGGCCUUUGGAAAGUCAGCUCACAAUGUAGAGCUGUGGCUUGGGAUUCGGGCAAGGCUAUGUGGUCGACACCUGCCAGUCCAGAAACGGGUCGUCGAAGAUGCCCGUGCAGCGCUGGACCGUUCCAUUAACGACAUUAUCAACUUUGCGAUUGCUGGAGAGAGCGAGGCAGGAAAGCCGCCAUUUGAACAGGUUCGCGAUGUGGUUAACAAAAUCGAAAGAAUCGAGAGCCUCUACCCGUCCAGUAGGGAACUCAUGACCGCCCUCAAGCCUGGUGUUUAUUCGGCCUAUCAGGAGACCUGCGACGCAGUGAUAUCAUGGUACAACGUCAAUGAGAUGAUCAACACAGAGCUGUCGAUCUUGAAAAAGUGGGUCGGCAACGAUGCUCUCGACUUCUCCCGCACCAAGGAAAAAUCACCCAGCGGGAAUGGUCUCAGCGAUGAAUCAUCUUUCCUGGAUCGUCUCAUGAAGGAGGAGGGUCUCAAGUCACUGCACGAAGACAAAGGCUCCGAACCGAAAAGCCUAAAGAAGAAGAGCAGACUCGACGGCAUCUCUCGUGUCAUCACCAAGGCCAAGGACACACUUAUUCAAAAUGCCGAAGGUUUCCAGAAGCGCCAUCUCCCGCCUUACAUCGAGGAGCUGCUCACCCUCAUCAGUUUCCCUUCACGCCUCAUUGAGGAGAUCAUCAAGAUGCGGCUGGCUUAUGCUAAGAAGAUGAAGGACUCGGCACAACAAAACCCCAUGAUGCAGGAUCAAAUGAUCUCGCAGUUCCAGGUUCUUCUCAAGCUCGCCAUCAAGAUUAAGCGCGAGUACAUGGAAAUCGCUCGACCGGAGCCCGGUUGGGACUUGCCCCCAUGUAUUGAUGAGGAUUUCGACCGUGUCAUCCUGGAGGCGCUCAAGUACUACUUCAAACUGUUGAACUGGAAGCUCAGCGGCAACAAGAACACCUUCAAGGAGGCCGAACUGCUAUUCCAAGAGUGGGGUUUUGGAAACGAAAUCGGGCGUUACUUGGCACACGGCGAUGUGGAAGUCGCGGAACAGUUCAGUUCUCUAACCUACAAAGCCUGGAACCGACUGAGCCAAACUUUUGAAAAGGAGGUUCAACGAAGGCCAAAAGAAAGCGUGCCUGAGAUGACCAAGCGAUAUAAACAGAUCCUAGACUCCGUUCGGGUUCGGCAGCGAAUGCUGCAGCGUUUCUCUAGAAUGUUGAACGACAACUAUGAAAAUGCAUGCGAUUACACAAUCGCAUUUGAGCAGCCUCAAAUGCUCCACCAACUGUACGACCGCCUGAUAGAGACGGGCCAUUUCCAGGUUUAUAGUGCCAGUCCUGAACACAAAGACAUACUCAUCAUUGCCUCCCCGACACUUCAUAACCGCGACGAUGAGAUCCAAGUGCUGAUGGGCACUUUCACAUAUGAGGCCGCUAUUGAGGACCCAUCGGAUCCCUACCUUCUCAUCAUUAAAGCCGAAGAUCCACCUCAGUGGCUCGGGCCCGUCCACACUCUCAGAGUCCGCAAUGAGCCCCUGGACAUCAAGUUGGGGCACAUGCGACUCAUUGCCGGCGGCUGCCAACCCAGACUAUUGAAUGCGCGCAAGGCCUUUGUCGACAGGAUCGAUAUGCAGGUCGACCCAGUGGUAGAGCAGAGGUCAAACCUGCAAAAGGUCAACUUCAGGCUCAUGGAGAUUCGCAAGGUUGCCUUCAAGCUCUCGAACGCUUUCAUGGACAGUGUGGAAGCCAUCCGACGACAAACACGAGGUCUCAAUUGCCAAGAACUAAUCCAGACAUGCUUCAUCUUUGCAACCGAGUUCGGCCAGCGGUCUUUGCUGUACAUGGACAACAAUCGACGCACAAUGAAUAACCUGAAACUCACCAAGCUUGCUUUGGACUGGGUAAGCUUCAUCUGUGACGACUGCAUCUCUUCAGACCGGAAAACCUUCCGCUGGGCCGUGCAGGCCCUGGAGUUUGCCAUGGGCAUGACGCGUGGAAGACACAUUCUCGGCCUCGGAGAAGACGAGUAUGCAAGAUUGAGAGCCAAGGUUGCCGGGUGCAUGGCGCUUCUGAUAUCUCAUUUCGACAUCAUGGGUGCCAGAUCCAGCGUGGCCGCCCAGGCGGAGAAGAAGCGCUUGGAGGGACUCGUCAACCAGAUCAAGCGUCUGAACAAAGGUCAAAUGUUGGAUGACAACGAAGCAGCCAAGUACUACCAAGAACAUCGCCUCGAAGAGUUGGCAAAAGUCGACAACUACAGAAAGGAGAUCCUACUGCAACAAUCUGCCAUGGGUAGAGUCUUGGAGGCUUCUAACGAGGUGGAUCGGUCGCUUGCAUGGCUCUCCUCCACAGCGACCAACUUUACCAUGAGAUGGCAGCAAGGUCACUUUGUGGGAGGUGGAACUUUCGGCAACGUUUACGCGGCUGUGAACCUUGAUACCGGCCAGCUGAUGGCCGUGAAGGAGAUUCGCCUGCAAGAUCCUAAACUGAUCCCCACUAUUGCUGGUCAGAUCAGGGACGAAAUGCGUGUUCUGGAGACGGUCGACCAUCCCAACGUAGUUUCUUACUAUGGUAUCGAGGUCCAUCGAGACCGCGUGUACAUGUUCAUGGAGUUUUGUUCCGGAGGUUCUCUUGCCAACUUGUUGGAGCAUGGCAGAAUCGAGGACGAACAAGUUAUCAUGGUUUACGCGUUGCAACUUCUCGAAGGUCUUGCGUACCUUCAUGAGCUUAAGAUUGCUCACCGUGAUAUCAAGCCAGAAAAUAUCCUCCUCGAUCAUAACGGCAUAAUUAAGUAUGUCGAUUUUGGUGCGGCCAAACUCAUCGCCCGCCAGGGACGGACGUUAGUACAAGACGUCGCCAGCACCAAGCCCAACAAGUCGAUGACAGGUACGCCCAUGUACAUGUCGCCCGAGGUGAUUAAGGGUGAGAAUGCCGGUCACUUUGGAGCGGUUGACAUAUGGUCUCUUGGCUGUGUCAUCCUUGAGAUGGCAACUGGCCGAAGGCCAUGGGCGAACCUGGACAACGAGUGGGCUAUCAUGUACAACAUUGCCCAAGGAAACCCGCCCCAGCUACCCAGCCAAGACCAGCUCAGUCCUGAGGGCAUCGAUUUUCUGAGACGCUGUUUCAUGCGGGAUUCCACCAAGCGCGCAACUGCCAUGGAGCUGUUGCAGCAUGAAUGGAUCAUGACCAUCAGGAACAGAGUUGUCGAGCCUGCCACCCCUAGUAGCGACGCAGGUUCUUCAACGACGAGUCAAGGCGCGCUCAACCCGGGCAAUUCUUCACGAGGCGGCUUUCCUGGUGAUGGAAUGUACUGAUGAUUUCUGAAGUGCUGCGAGUCCGUCCGGGAUCUGACUGGAAAAAGAGAGAGUGUGUGUGUGUGAAUAGCAAGAGGAGGACAAAGUUUUGGCAAUGGCAUGGUCCUAUGGCUCCAAGCAACAACUACCUUUACUACCUGACCAGCCUCUAACCGCCCCAUCUAUUUUCUUAUGUAACACGACAAGCGCCAACAGACAUUUCAUCCUUUUUCGAACGGUACAUGCGCGGAUACGAUACCCCCUUAGCUAUCUAUAUUUUUUUGGGUGACGAGAGACAGAGACAGUGAAAUGAUCACAAAAGGGCUGUGAAAGUUUUGAGGAUGAUGACGAGGCAAGAGGACAAUAUAAGUGGAGCAGCCCAUUGAUUGAAGGGACUGGGUCGGCAACGUUGCUUUGGGUGGUGGGGAGUAGGUGAAAGUCAGGGAAGGAAUGGUAUCAAAAACUCAAAGGACGGGCAAAAAGAUGCAAUCGGAGUUUUUCUACUACGAAGGAGGGAGGCAUCCGAUAAUUCGUGCGUUCUAGAUAGGAUAAAGGAGGGGAUAGGGUGGUGGGACGGAGGUUUCUUGCAUGUGCAUCUUUAACUCAUGGAACGAAUCGAAGGGUUCGCUUCGCGCCUGGCUUUAGUAGUAACAAGUUGUGUGUGCGUGUGUGUGUGUGUGUGUGGAACGAAGAGGGUUGUCAGGCAGCGUUAGUGGACAACUUGACGAUGUCUAAAAUGUCACCAAGCAAGUAUAGAAGGCAAAUGUAAUAUCUUUCUUCGACCA